AUGGUAUUCUUCCGUAAUUUCGUGGUGCUAUCGUUGGCAGCGGUCGUUCUUGCUCAGCAAGACGCUUACAAGCAGUGUGGAGGGAAAGGGUGGACUGGCCAGACUACGUGUGUUACUGGUUAUAACAACAGGGAAUACUACUCUCAAUGCGUACCUGGAACGGCGCCAGCUCCUGAGCCAACUCCAGUGACCACUUCGGCGGGUGGAGGCGGCUCAGCGCCAACUACCACGGCAGGCAACACUCCAGCAGCUACCGGCCCAGGAACAACACUCCAAAGUGGCUAUCUCUGGAUCCGGGCAGUUGCAGCACCUAAUUUCCACAAGUACCUCCAAACAAAGCCAAUGUACUCUCCUGGAACCGCAAUCAUGGACUCCUAUACCACAGCUGGGCAGUUUCAAAUUGUCUCAGGACAGCUGGUUCAACGCAAGUCUCCGAAACUUGACUGCUAA